CAGACUCUGAACAUAGCCUGAAGGUGGAUCUGAUGGCUUUUUCACAUCCAUGUAUGAAAGAAAAGAGUGAGGGAAGUCUUCAAGAUUUGAUGUUGGAAGAACUUGAAGAAUAGGAGUGUCAUUUGCUGAGAUGGAUAAAACCACACCUGGAAUGGGGGAGGACAGGGAAGGAUAAGAUCAACAAAGUAUGCUGGAACAAAGUAUGUUUGAGAUCCCUGUUAAACAUCCAGGUGAAGUCAAGUAGAUGAGGACACAGGAGAGAAAUCCAGGCUGGAGACACACAUGUGGGGGCCAUUGGCAAGCCACAUGGUAUCCAAGCUAUGACAGUUGUUGAGAUAAUGUACAGAGUGAACAUGGAUAAAGAUGAGGGGGAAUAAGCAAAAGAGAUGGAAAACCAGUCAAAAGUGAUAUGAUGGGACCAAGCAAAGCAAAGAAUUAAAAGAGCGUUCAUCAAGCCUAUGUGAGCUCCAUUUCUCUCUGUUUGGCUGAAGCAAUAAUUUUCUGUCAUUCCUGGGCAUAAACCUGCCUCAGGCCCCUUGGACUGAAAGUGCAAAUCAAGUUGGCCUCAAAUGCUCUAAUGUUGUAAAGUUUAUAAACUUGGCUAGGAGGAUGUUACCCUUUGUAAGCCACCAAAGUUACCCUACGUCAAUAAUUAGCUGAUUCUGACUGGGGAUUCUGAAGCUGUCUGAGUUAUAUGCUCUCUUCCAAGGCUGUAGGAAUUCUGGAGCUGCUGGCUGGAGAGGAGGGUGGAUCAAGCUCUCCCUAGAAAGACAUCCUGAGAGAAAUUUGUAGGUCCGAACAUGUAUUGGCUGCGAAAACUUCAGGGACUCUGCACCCUGUGGGGUACUCAGAUGUCCAGCCACACUCUCCACAUUAAUAACAGGCAACUGGUGUCUGUGCCGUGGGGCCACCUGGAAGCUCCACCCACGUUUAACUUCACUAGAGAUGUGAUAGAUCACUGGGCUGAGAUGGAGAAGGUUGGCAAGCGGCCCCCAGGCCCAGCCCUCUGGUGGAUAAAUGGGAAUGGGGAGGAAGUGAUGUGGAACUUCAGAGAAUUGAGUGAAAUCAGCCAGCAGGCAGCCAACGUCCUCUCGGAAGCCUGUGGCCUGCAGCGUGGGGACCGUGUGGCAGUGGUGCUGCCCCGAGUACCUGAGUGGGCACUGGUGAUACUGGGCUGCAUUCGAGCAGGCAUCGUCUUUAUGCCUGGGACCAUCCAGAUGAAAUCCGCCGACAUACUGUAUAGGUUGCAGAUGUCUAAGGCCAAGGCUAUUGUGGCUGGAGAUGAAGUGGUCCAAGAAGUGGACACAGUGGCAUCUAAGUGUCCUUCUCUGAGAAUUAAGCUACUGGUGUCUGAGAAAAGCAGGGAUGGGUGGCUGAACUUCAAGAAACUACUAAAGGAGACAUCCACCACUCAUCGCUGUGUGGUGACUGGAAGCCAGGAAACAUCUGCCAUCUUCUUCACUAGUGGGACCAGUGGUCUUCCCAAGAUGGUAGAACAUUCCCAUUCGAGCCUGGGCCUCAAGGCCAAGUUGGAUGCUGGUUGGACAGGCCUACAAGUCUCUGAUGUAGCCUGGACCAUAGCAGACACAGGUUGGACGGUGAAGAUCCUAGGCUCAUUCGAAUCUUGGGCAACAGGAGCAUGCACAUUUGUUCAUCUUUUGCCAAAGUUUGACCCACUGGUUAUUCUAAAGACACUGUCCGGCUACCCAGUCAAAACCAUGCUGAGUGCCCCCGUUGUUUACCAGAUGUUGCUUCAGCAGGAUCUUUCCAGUUACAAGUUCCCACAUCUACAGAACUGCUUAACUGGAGGGGACACUCUUCUUCCAGAAAUUCUGAGGAACUGGAAGGCCCAGACAGGACUGGACAUCCGAGAAUUCUAUGGCCAGACAGAAACGGGAUUAACUUGCAGAGUUUCCAAGACAAUGAAAAUCAAACCAGGAUACUUGGGAACAGCUAUGCCCAAUUAUGAUGUGCAGGUCAUAGAUGAUAAGGGCAAUGUCCUGCCCCCUGGCAAAGAAGGAGACAUUGGCAUCAGGGUCAAACCCAACAAGCCUAUAGGCAUACUCUCUGGCUAUGUGGACAAUCCUGAGAAGACAGCAGCCAACAUUAGAGGGGACUUUUGGCUCCUUGGAGACCAGGGAAUCAAAGAUGAAGAUGGAUAUUUCCAGUUUUUGGGGCGGGCAGAUGAUAUCAUUAACUCCAGCGGGUACCGGAUUGGGCCUUCAGAGGUAGAGAAUGCGCUGAUGGAGCACCCUGCCGUGGUUGAGACAGCUGUGAUCGGCAGCCCAGAUCCCAUCCGAGGACAGGUGGUGAAGGCAUUUGUGGUCCUGGCCUCCCAGUUCCUGUCCCAUGACCCAGAGCAGCUCACCAAGGAGCUGCAGCAGCAUGUGAAGUCAGUGACAGCCCCAUACAAGUAUCCAAGAAAGAUAGAAUUUGUCUUGAGCCUACCCAAGAAUAUCACAGGGAAAAUUCAACGAGCCAAGCUUCGAGACAAGGAGUGGAAGAAGUCCGGACAAACCUGUGCCCAGAGAGAUGUCUAAGAGGCACUCAUUUGGAUUCCCCUAUUCUUUUUCUUUCUUUUCCCUUUGGGCCCUUGGCCUUCCUGUGAUGAUAUGAGAUUCUUUAUGAAAGAACAUGAAGGUAA